AUGGCGACUACAAUAGAGGCGUCACAAAGCCUCAUCCAAUCUGAGUCCAGGGUGACGCACAGUUACCAAGAAGUCCAUGUCUCAGAGAGCCGACAAGUCAAGAAGAAGAAGUCCAGCAGACGGCAUAAGGAAGAGGGAUCCAUAUCUGUGUCAAAAAGCUCUGAAAAGCUUUUCAAAAAGAUGAAGGCGUCUGAAGAAAAUCCCACUUGUGCCAAAUGCUCGAGGCCAGUGUACGCUAUGGAGAGGAUUAAAGCUGAAAAGAGAGCUUGGCACAAGGAAUGCUUCCGAUGUGUUCAGUGCAACAAGCAACUUACAAUGGAGACGUAUCAAAGUGACCAUACAACAUUGUACUGCAAGCCACACUUCAAGCAACUGUUUGAACCGAAGCCGGUUGAUGAUGAUGAUGAAACUGACGCUGCCCCAAGAAAACAUCAAAUGAUAAUCUGCGAGAGCAACCCAGUGGAACUUCCACCUGACGUUGUGCGAGCUUCAGAUAAACCAGACUUGGGUCUAGAAGAGCUGGCAUCCCUGGACGUGAAAUCUCGUUUCGAGGUGUUCGAGAAGAAAGCACAGCCUGAAGAAAAGCCUACUCUGGAAAAACACCAUCGCGAGAAAAGUUCCACUCUACUGUCUAAAUUGGCCAAGUUUAAAGCAAAGGGAAUGGACAUCGGUGUGUCUGAUGAGUACUUAAAUGGUGUGGAACCUGAGGAUAGCUCCAGCGAAAGAGGGGAAGAGGAUGAUGAAGACUCGGUCCUCAAAAACUCGUACAAGCACAGUGGAAGUCGGGAACAACCAGUUUCGUUUUGUAAUAUGAGCGAAAUAGUGGGUCGCUUCGAGAGCGGACAACACACCAAUUCCGAAAGACACAGAGAGCGGAAACAGGAAAUACAAAAUAUUCGGAGCAGGCUGUUUAUGGGUAAACAAGCAAAAAUAAAGGAAAUGUAUGAACAAUCCGUGAUGCAGAGUGAACAAGGUGUAACAUCAUCAGAAAAAAUCUCCAAAGAACUGGAGUUGGAUGCUGAAAAAUCUCGCGCAAUCAAGGAGCGCUUUGAGAAUGGCGAAGUAUACAAUGAUGAGAAUCAAGCUCCUAAAAAUCGGGAAUUCGAAGAUCGGGCCGUUUUUAAUGAAGGAAUCGCAAAGAAAUCAAGAUCUAUAUUCCUAGAGUUGGACGCGAACGCCAAAACUAUGCCGCCACUAUCUCCGCCGCCGCAGGAUGUGCCGAAACGAAAGGAAAUCCCAUUCGUACCAAAAGACGUGGUCCGCGCUGCUGAUAAACUGGAGGACGUGAAGAUUGAGACAUCAGAUAUCUCGGACCGGUUCAAGUUCUUCGAAACGUAUCAGCCUGAAGCUAAGCGUAAGGAGUUCCGUAUGACUCCACCACGGCAGACCCAGCGACCCAAAUCCCCAUCCCCCGAAAUAUACCACGAGCCAAGCGUAGUGCGGAGUGAAGAUGCCGUGGCUGACACUAAUUUAGCUGCGAGUCGGCACACCGCAUCUCGGAUGAUCUCUGUGUUUAGGGAGAUGGAGGAUCAGAGACACAAACAUGAUGAACCACAGGGUCCGAAGCCGUUAAAGCGUUUCACCCCCCCACCACCCGGGGAGAACACCCAUACAGGCGACACAACAUCCUCGGAAGAGUACAGCGAGGAAGAAGACAGCGAGGACGAAGCUCGCAGGGCGUAUUAUGAGGCACGUCAGAGGGACGAGGCUCUUCAACAGGCCCAGCAAUUAGCUCGUACGAAGAGUUUCCGCGACCGCUUCGAACAUUGGUCCGAGAGCGAACCACAGCGUUCCCCCUCCACUCUUAUCAUAGAGAGGGAUCAAGAGGAAGAUGGAGACUCCCUCGCCACUGCUAAGAGUUUGCGGGAUAAGUUUGAAAAUAUGAAAGUCCAGACGACAACCGUCAACAAGACUUUUACAACGAAAGUUAAUAGAUUUGUGACAAAAUGUUUUAAAUCUGUAAUAGUACAGAAGAUAAUGCCUUACAUAAACAGCCCCAUCUCAGAUAAUCCUCUUCACGAAGAGAACUAA